AUGUCCAAGCGAACAGGUCCUCUAGCCCCAGGCGUAGCUUUCAUUACCGGCGGUGCUCGUGGCCUAGGGAAUGCAAUUGCCGUAUCCUUCGCUAAGGAAGGCGCCCACGGCGUCGUCCUCGUCGACAUUCAAGACGAAGCGACCUUCGCGCAAGGCAAGAAGAACGUGGAAGAUAUCGGUUGCAAUUGCUUAACCAUCCACGCAAAUGUCACUGUGGAGGAAGACAUGGAACGGGCAGUAUCGACGGCUGUGGCACACUUCGGCCGCAUCGACUACGCCGCUAACUUCGCCGGCGUCCUCGGUUUCGGCACUCAUAUCUCAGACAUUGAUCUCGAGCAGUACAAACGCACCAUGGACGUUAACACCACUGGAAUCCUACUCGCCACUAAAUACGAGAUGCGCCAAAUGCUCGUGCAAUCCAGCCACCCUGGUAUCGAACUAGGACGCGUGGAGCAGAAAGGCAGCAUUAUCAAUUGCGCUUCAGUGAAUUCACUUCUUGGAUUUUCUGGUCAUGCGGCGUAUACGGCGUCUAAGCAUGCUGUUGAAGGCAUUACAAAGUGCGCUGCGCUCGAAGGGAGGAGUCAUGGAGUGAGGAUCAACGCGGUUAGUCCGGGGUUCUUGCUUACUCAGAUGAUUCGGCCGGCGGUGGAGGAGAAGCAUUUAGAGAAUUUGUGGGAAGAGCUGGAGAAGAGGCAGGGGAGGAGCGCGAGAUUUGAGGAGGUGGGCGAUGUGGUUGUUAUGAUGAGUGUGCCGCGGAUGAGUCUGGUGAUGGGGCAGAAUUUAUUCAUCGAUGGGGGCUUUACGAUAAACAUGGGGAAUGAUUAG